GUCAGGUGAUGUGCAUCUCGCCCUCGCUGAGAGACCAGCCAGCACACACUCUGCCCUACGGUAAGAAGAGAGAGGUCCAGCUCAGUCUUCGCUCCACAGAAACUGGACAUCAGUUCAUCUCCACCACCUUCGUCUACUAUAACUGCUCUGUGCUCAACUCGUGUACGUCCUGUGUCAGCAGCGUGUUUCCGUGUCAUUGGUGUAAAUACCGUCACAUCUGCACAAACAACCUGCAGGACUGUUCGUUCCAGGAGGGCCGAGUCAGCAACAUGGAGGGCUGUCCACAGAUUCUCCCUAACAUCGACAUCCUGGUCCCCGCGGGGAUGGUUCGUCCAAUCACGCUGCGAGCUCGUAACCUCCCGCAGCCUCAGUCGGGUCAGAAGAACUAUGAGUGUGUGUUUAACAUCCAGGGAAAAGUGCAACGUAUCCCAGCUGUGCGCUUCAACUCCUCCUGCAUCCAGUGUCAGAACACCUCGUACUGGUACGAAGGGGACGAGGCCGGCGAUCUGCCCGUGGAUUUCUCCAUCGUCUGGGACGGAGAUUUCUUUAUCGACAAGCCUUCGUACAUGAAAGCGUUGCUGUAUAAAUGUGAAGCCCAGCGCUCCAGCUGCGGUCAGUGCCUCAAAGCUCCGUCUACUUUCGAAUGUGGGUGGUGCGCCGAGAGCAGGAAGUGCCUCCUCAGACAGCACUGUCCCUCACCUGAGCAGAACUGGAUGCAUCAUGGCCGCCACAACCUGCGCUGCAGCCACCCGCGCAUCACGAAGAUUGAUCCGCUGACUGGACCCCGGGAGGGGGGAACCCGGGUGACGAUCGAGGGGGAGAACCUGGGUCUGCAGGUGAAGGAGAUCACACACGUCCAGGUGGCGGGGGUUCGCUGUAACCCUGCCGCGUCGCUCUACAUCAGCGCGGAGAGGAUCGUGUGCGACAUGGCCGAAGCCCUCCUCCCCCACUCUCCGGGCGGUCCCGUGGAGCUCUGCAUUGGCGUGUGCAGCGCUGAGUUUCGAACCCUCUCCACUCAGAUGUACUCCUUCGUGAGCCCCAGUUUUACCUGGAUCAACCCAGAGAGGGGUCCGGUUUCUGGCGGAACCAGGCUGACGGUGACCGGUCGAUACCUGGACGCCGGCAGCACCGUCACCGUUUACAUCGACAAGGAGCCGUGUCUGUUUGUCAAGCGGACCAAACAGGAGAUCGUCUGCAUAACUCCGACAUCUACGACCGGAACUGGCUCCGCCCCCAUCCGUCUGAUGAUUGACAGGGCGGAGGUGACGAACUCAGAGGUCAGCUUCAAGUACACCGAGGACCCAACCAUCACCAGCAUCGAGCCCAACUGGACCAUCCUCAACGGCAGCACGGUGAUAACGGUGACCGGAACCAACCUGCUGACCAUCCAGGAGCCCAAAGUCAGAGCCAAAUAUGGCGGAGUUGAAACUAAUAACUACUGCUACCUGGUCAACGACAGCUCCAUGACGUGUCUGGCUCCUGGGUUGGUCUACGGUAAGCCCCACCCACCAGAGGGAGCGCUGCAGCCCGAUGAGUUCGGCUUCAUCUUUGACCAGGUGACCUCUCUGCUCGUCCUGAACUCCACCCCUUUCACCCACUACCCAAACCCGACCUUUGACCCCCUCGGGACCUCCGGGAUCCUGGAGGUGAAACCGGGCUCCCCCAUCAUCCUUAAGGGUAAAAACCUGAUCCCUCCUGCCCCCGGUAACAACCGCCUCAACUACACCGUCCUGAUUGGAGAGACUCCCUGCCUCCUCACGGUGUCAGAGAGCCAGCUGCUUUGUGAUUCGCCGGAUCUCACCGGAGAACAACGAGUCCUGAUCCUGGUGGGUGGUCUGGAGUACUCCCCAGGAAUGCUCCACAUCUACUCGGACAGCGCGCUGACGCUGCCCGCCAUCAUCGGGAUCGGUGCGGGUGGAGGCGUGCUGCUCAUCGCCAUCAUCGCUGUGCUGAUCGCCUACAAGAGGAAGACUCGCGAUGCCGACCGGACGCUGAAACGCCUGCAGCUGCAGAUGGACAACCUGGAGAGCCGGGUGGCGCUGGAGUGCAAGGAGGCCUUCGCAGAGCUGCAAACGGACAUCCAGGAACUGACCAACGACAUGGACGGAGUGAAGAUUCCUUUCUUGGAGUAUCGAACCUACACCAUGAGAGUCAUGUUUCCAGGAAUCGAAGAACAUCCCGUCCUGAAAGAGCUUGACUCUCCAGCGAACGUGGAGAAAGCCCUGCGUCUCUUCAGCCAGCUGCUGAACAACAAGAUGUUCCUGCUCACCUUCAUCCACACGCUGGAGGCCCAGAGGUCCUUCUCCAUGAGGGACCGAGGGAAUGUCGCCUCGCUGCUCAUGGCUGCUCUGCAGGGUCGGAUGGAGUACGCCACCGUGGUUCUGAAACAGCUGCUGGCCGAUCUGAUCGAGAAGAACCUGGAGAACAGGAACCAUCCCAAACUGCUGCUGAGGAGGACGGAGUCUGUUGCUGAGAAGAUGCUGACAAACUGGUUCACCUUCCUGCUGCAUCGAUUCCUCAAGGAGUGUGCGGGUGAGCCUCUCUUCAUGCUGUAUUGUGCCAUAAAGCAGCAGAUGGAAAAAGGGCCGAUCGACGCCAUCACAGGAGAAGCUCGUUACUCUCUGAGCGAAGACAAACUCAUCCGGCAGCAGAUCGACUACAAACAGCUGACGCUGAUGUGCAUCCCACCGGAGGGCGAAGCCGGGACCGAGGUGCCGGUCAAGGUGCUAAACUGCGACACGGUGACUCAGGUCAAAGACAAGCUGCUGGACGCUGUUUACAAAGGAAUCCCGUUCUCACAGAGACCUCAGGCUGACGACAUGGACCUCGAGUGGCGUCAGGGUCGACUGACCAGGAUCAUCCUGCAGGACGAGGACGUAACGACCAAGAUUGAGAGCGACUGGAAGAGACUGAACACGCUGGCUCAUUACCAGGUAACAGACGGCUCUCUGGUGGCGCUGGUCCAGAAGCAGGUUUCUGCCUACAACAUUGCCAACUCCUUCACCUUUACCAGAUCCCUAAGCAGAUACGAGUCGUUACUACGGACGUCCAGCAGUCCCGACAGCCUGAGAUCCAGAGCUCCGAUGAUCACUCCGGACCAGGAGACAGGAACUAAACUGUGGCACCUGGUGAAGAAUCAUGAGCACAGCGACCAGAGAGAAGGAGACCGAGGCAGCAAGAUGGUCUCUGAGAUCUACCUGACCAGACUUCUGGCCACAAAGGGGACGCUGCAGAAGUUUGUGGACGACCUGUUUGAGACUGUGUUCAGCACCGCCCAUCGAGGCUCUGCGCUCCCGUUGGCUAUUAAAUACAUGUUCGACUUCUUGGACGAGCAGGCGGACAAACGGCAGAUCACCGACCCAGAUGUACGGCACACCUGGAAGAGUAACUGCCUUCCACUCAGGUUCUGGGUAAACGUUAUUAAGAAUCCUCAGUUUGUGUUCGACAUCCAUAAGAGCAGCAUCACCGACGCCUGCCUGUCGGUCGUCGCGCAGACGUUCAUGGACUCCUGCUCCACGUCUGAACAUCGGCUCGGCAAAGACUCGCCGUCCAACAAGCUGCUCUAUGCUAAAGACAUCCCAAACUACAAGAGCUGGGUGGAGAGGUACUACAGGGACAUCUCAAAGAUGCCAAGCAUCAGUGAUCAGGACAUGGAUGCCUACCUGGUAGAGCAGUCCCGCCUCCAUGGCAACGAGUUCAACACACUGAGUGCGCUCAGUGAGCUGUACUUCUACAUCAACAAGUACAAGGAAGAGAUCUUGACGGCGCUGGACCGGGACGGGUACUGUCGCAAACACAAACUGAGGCACAAACUGGAGCAAGCCAUCAACCUUAUGUCUGGGAGCAGUUGAGAGGAGGUGUUGAGCGGAUGGACCGAUGGGGGAUGGGAGGAAGAAGAACAGGGCAGGGGGAAGUGAGGGCAUUUUGUUUUUCUGAACUGUCUGAACAGUCAGCUGAACUGCUCCAGCUUACGCUACGCCACCAACCAAUCAAUCACAAACUAGUCGUGUUGAUGGAUUGAUUGACUGGAUGAACAACUGGCUGGUUGAGACCCCAACUACCUCCAUCUGGUGGACUUUGGGGUGGAAAUUUUCCAACAGAACUUCAACAAACAAACAAAUUUGUUAUUUUGGAUUUGCAUACGUAAGCAGGGGUCAAAGAGAGGAUGCUGUGAAACGGGAACAGAAAAGGACGUCAGGUUUCACGAAGAUGAACCUGAACGUUCUUGAUGCGUUUCGGUCACGACUUCAUCUUCAUCAGGAUAAAAGCUGAUCAUCAAACAGGCUGGAUUUACUUCGUGUCCAGUUCAGACCAGCCACACGAGUUCAGAACUUUGUUGCUGAUGUCCUCACCUUGAAUCCUUAGCCUGAUCUGGAAGGAUCCGGAUCCACUGUAACAAACGUAGGUCAGGACUCGAGACGGAAGCAGGAGCGUCUGUUUCUCAUUGGGAAUAUCGGAUUCUAGAGGUCGUUUCAAGCUUUAUUGAAGGAGACGGAGGCAGUUGACCUGGACGACUUGACCCAAACGUGCAGUCGGGGUUCAGUCUCGGUUAAAUCCAGGAGGAUUUGGAGGAGAGGAAGUCCUGCCCGGCUGAGCCUCGUCAGGAUCCAGAUGUUUCUCUGUUGCUGUUAAAUGACAAGCCUAAGUUUUUUCUCUGGACAAUCACUCUUUACCACAGCACACUGAACCCGAUACCUACUGACCGACCAGUUCCUGUGUCCAUAAACCCCCAAUCCUACCUCCAUUUUUUCCUUUCCCUCCAUCAGAACUCCACCUUCUCCUUUCCCGUCCCUUUCAUCCCUCCUCAUCCCUGCUCCAUGAUUGGCCAGUCACACUGGCCUGAAAGACUCUUUAGUAAUUUACUGCCCGACCAAUGAAGACUGUGGAAUUCAUCAGAAUUAAAGUAAUAUAGAAUUAUGAUUGAAUACAUUCCAGCACAGGCACACAGCAAGGUCUGUAAAUGACGUGGGCUGACUCGCUCGUUUUUCACAACAUAAAAAUUUGGACUCGCCAUGUUUUUAGGACCAGAACCACCUGGAAACGGGACUCCGUUGUGUGCACCGGUGUGGUGCAGCGCUUUAUCGUCGGGCCUCGCAGCGCAUACAGCCAUGCUAACCAUGCCCAGGGGAAAUACUGUGCAGAGCUACCAGCCCAGUGCCAUGUAAAACCCGGACCGGAUCGUAUCAGAACUGGACCGGACUUGGACCAAAUCCGGAAUUGAGAGCAACCUGGAGAGCAGGUUAGACCGGACCGGACUCAAGAACUCUUUAGACUUGUGGCCAUAACUGUAAACAAAAGAAAAAAGAGAUGCUAAAGUUUGAAAAACAAAAGAAAGAAAAAAAUCUUGAAGUGUUCAUGCAUUAUCGGAACUUUGAUCGUUUGGAUUUUAAAGAGCUGAACUUGUAUAAAACAUUAUUCUACAUCCAAGUCUGGAGAAGGAAAGAGAGCCAGGAGAUGGGUCGGACAGAACCAGACCAUCCCAGCACCAAAGGAUCAGACCAAACUGAGCCCAGUGGACGUUCUGUAUGUGGAAGGAUCAAAAACUGGACUUUUGGUACAUUUUUACGACAAAACAGAGCAGAAGUCUAGUGUGUGGACUGGUUGAAGGUCUGAGUGGCGUUUGAGGGGUUCUGGUGGUUGUUUCAGGUCGAUGUGCCACAUUUUACUCCACAACGUUCACGCUGUCGGUUCUACAAGCUGCAGCAGAACUGAUGCAGCAAAGAGUCCGAAGUGAAAGAAGGAGGACUUUCUGAGACGACUGGACCCCUCAGACCCACCAAUUCCUCCACUGGUAGAACUUUUCAUAUAAUGCAGGAGCCAUCACAGGUCGUGUGGUUUAAGUUCAACACUUAUUUCUGAUCCUCACAGGGUUUUAUGUUCCACGUUUGCUUCACUUCAUGAUACUCAACACUGCUUUUCCACCACUUCUGGUUCUUGAGCGGAUUCUGCUCUGGAUCCAUUAAGCUUCAGGUGCGUCUCAGAGUCCAGGAUGCUUCCCAGGGGCUGUCCAAAGCCCAGAAUAUGCUUCUUUGUAAUGACACAUAUGCACGUUUGUAGCAACCAAUAAUGUAAUAACAACCAGAAAAGUAAUAAUUUCUGUCAUUUUAAAUGUAAUAAAGCCAAUAACAUAAUAACUUACCAGUAAUGUAAUCAUACCAAUUUUCGAUGAGAAAAUGGCACAAAAACUGC